AUGGAACUUGAAGAGGAGCUGGAGAAUCUCCGACCAGGACGGAAGGAACGCGAACGCGACGAUCUUCUAAGUGAUGAGCCGUCAAGAACGGGUGAUGACAGCGACGAAAUGCUGGUUUAUGGGCCGUUACCAAGAGAACCCGAUGAAAAGCUCUAUCCUUGGAAGUAUGAACGAAAGGAUAGCGGUGUGCGGAAAUUCUUCCGCUUCUUCAAAGAAUUCGGAACGAAUCCAUCGCCACGACGUGGCUCAUCGGCAACGAGCUCGCCACACCCGCAGCGUGCGAAUCCGCCGGGAAAUUGA